UGGCGCUGGCUGGAUGGCGGCGCGGAGGGAGGAGGGGCGAGGAGAGACGGAAAGGGCUAGGGCUUCCCCGGUGAUGAGUCAUCUGUCUUUUCCAAGUAACUGGCUAAUGACGUGCUCUGUAUCCUUGUGCAAUUCUUGUUCUCUGUUCUCACUUCAUUGUUGUUACGCUCAGUUAGCUUAAGGUGUCCGCGCUUUCAAAGUCGUCCGUUUGUAUUUUUCGUCGCCCUACAUUUUCUGAUGUUUCAGUUCUAGCUCAAAUUGCGUUUUUAGUAUUAUUCUAACAGUUUUGUGGUGUUAUGUCCCUUGGUAUUGAAUCGCCAGUCUCCGCAGCCAUGAAUAUUCUUCACAGUGGAGUUCCAACUAGAACAACCCCCACAUUGACGCCCACAACUUUGCGAAAGUUUGAACAAACUCUCCUAGAUCUCGAGGGUGAAGUUAGACCCCACCAAAAUGAAGCAAGAUUUGUUCCUCCUCCACUAGAUCCAUCCAUGUCCCAAAAUGGAAACAUACUCUUGAGUUUUGUUGACACCAAAAGUUGGCAAGGUUCAACCGUGAAUUCUGUGCCUUUGACCCCGAUUCCUACGGUUAAGAGUCCUCCCAUUCAAAACCUGCAAAACCAAAACCCAAACCCAAACCCUACUCGUAAAAGUAUGGGAGGCAGAAGACCAAUCAAGGAUAAAUCGAUUUCCCCUGAAGAAGAAGAACGAAGGCAAGUUAGGCGUGAACGCAAUAAAUUGGCUGCUGCCCGUUGUCGGAAAAGAAGAUUGGAUCAUACCAAUGAGCUUUUAGAGGAGACAGAAGGACUGGAAGAAAAGAAGCAGAUGCUUCAGAAUGAACUCACUCUUCUACAGCGGGAAAAAGAAGAAUUAGAAAGCCUACUGGAAUCACACGAGCCUGCUUGCUUGCUGAAAAAUGCCAAUCCCACCUCAACAGAAUCCAUUGAUAUGAAACCGCCACCCAUUUUAUACAUUAAACCAGACCCAGAUUCCGACGUAGAUGGACCAUUGAAAUCGAAACUGGAUCCGAUCAUCUCCAACCCAAUGUUAUCUCAACAGCCAUCGCAGAAACCAUUCUCAAACCAAAGAGUCCGUCCUAAUUCCUUACCUGUUUCGUCCGGCUUUACGCCCAGCCAUAGGCCUGCUGAAAUGAUGGAUAUUCCAGUUUCUGCAGCAACUGUUAUGCCAUUAAAUUUUGAUUCAUUAAUGGAAGGUGGCACAGGGCUUACGCCAGUGUCGGGUCCCCUCGUCCCAUCAUGCUCAUCACAACAACGCAAUAUGGGCUGUGUAGACUUAUCUAGCCCAGACUCCGCCUCAAGCAAACUGGUGUCUCUAUGACAUGAAACAGUUGCCCUCAACCAUUUAAUAAAGACGUACAAUCAAACAGCUUUCGUUAUUCCCCGCAAGUCUUUUUAACCAUGAAAUUAUGCCAUGAGUUACGAGCAUACAUUGCAAAAAUAAGUAUUUUUCUAGUAAAGCAACAUCAGUUACUUGCAUAUUUCUUCUCUCUCUCCAAUUAGUACGUAAAUAUUUAUGUAUUCAAUUCUCGUUUUAAAAGUCAUUUUGUGUUUUGUUCUUUGUCUUUUCUCUGAGAUUGUGCAGAUUUCACUGAGUGAGAUUAAUAUUUUUUUUUUCUCUCCGUUUGGAUCAAAGUGUUAACCCUGGUUGUUUUAAUUAAGUUAGCUCAAACUUAAUGUCAAAUAGGUAUGCUAAAACGUUCAAUGCCUACAGAUAAUUCAACUGCCAAAAUCUUGUUGGAAAUAUCAAAAGCUUCACUUCAAAAUUUUAAAUUUUAAUCAAGCGCUUAUCAAAUAAGUUCUCAUUAAAUUCAAACCUCACUAAUUUGAAUGUUGAGUGCAUCUCCCCUCCCUAAGUAUGAAGAUUGGUUUUCGAAAUUUUUUAUUUUGUUGAUGCAUUAGUUUCUUUUCUUUAAUCAACAUGAUUUAUAUUAGAAGAAAAAUUAUAUAUAUUGCCAGUGAUGCGGAAAAGGUGGAAAAAGUUUUACCUUUAUUCCUUAAUGCCAAUGAUCAUUUCGCGCCUAAGCGCAUCAUCAGGGCGUAGAUACCGCAAUCAUAUCGCAUUGAGGAAAUGCACGUCACCAAUAUAAAAAUUAUUAAAAUGUUUAAAAACUUUUUUCGUACAAUACGCAUGAUUUAUAUGUCUCAAACCCUGUGUGCUUGUCUCUAAAUAUGUGCCUCAAUUAGCUUCUGUCAAUUCUUUCUCCCUUUUUAAAGUUACUUGUUAGUAUCAAUGAAAUGUUGAAUCUUCAACAGAAUUUAAUGUAAUUCAUCCAUGUAUGCCUGAAAUAUUUUUCAGUGCUGUCAAGUCUGACAAAUGUGUUAUUAUUUCCAUAGUUAUUUUUCCUCUCCGAUGCGUUCUAGAGUAAGAUAACAAAAUAUUUUGUUGAUAAACAAAAAAUAUAAGUGACCAAGUGACCAUACUGUUUAACCCACUCAAUUUGCACUGUUGCUCUUGUUUCCUUUUAACAUGAAUGAAGCAAAUGCCUCUGGUGUUAACAUUUAAAGCCCCAUGCUCAAGUACAACAAAACUUCCUUUGUUCUUGUACCCUUCAGUAUUGACUGUUUUUUUUUCACCUUUUAAGCAAUGUCAGCAAAUUUCCGAGUCCUCUGAUAUAUUUUUCGCCAAGCCUCUUGCGUUGCAACUUCAAUUCUGCGUAGUUUACUUUCAGUAAGGAUGAUUGUCUGUUAUCAAUAACUUCAAAUGUACCUACACAACUAAGUUGACAAAACCAUGGAAUGUAACAUCACAAAAAUUAAAUAUUGCUUUAUAUCUAUGUCUGCAAGUGUUAAUACAUGUACCCACAGUUGCUGAUCUUCAACCAACAACUUCGGUUUAUUGAAAGUGUUGAUAUACAACAUUAUGGUAGUAGCACUUAGUGUAAUUUUUGGUUUGUUGGGUGGCCAGUGCAAUGGGUUAAACUGACUGGAAAACGUUUUUAUGAACUGAUAUUAAUCAAAAUUAAUCAUGUUUUGUCUAAGACUGUGCUUUUUGCUAAGUCCUGACGAUAGUUAAAGCCGAAAAGCUUCGACUAAUAAAUUCUUCAGUUUCAAAUUAAUGUGAGUUAACAUUUUAUUUUAACCCAAAGCACUGGCUACCCAACAAACCAAAAAAAAAA